AAUGCGCUAGAGUCUGGGAUCCCGGUAGUUGAUGUUCUAGCCAGAGCGAAAGGAAGUCCGUCAAAAUGGCAGCCCAACAACCUGGUGUACCGAUUUCACAAGCUGGAAUGCAGCAAGCUGCUUCUUUACAGCAACAGCAGUUGAGUCAACAGCAAGAUUUUGACCCUGUUCAUCGAUUUAAAAUGUUGAUUCCUCAGCUGAAAGAGAGUCUUCAGAAUGUGAUGAAGAUUGCAUCCCUGAAUCUAGGACACAAUACUUCGAUCGAUAAUGGAAUUAAGAGCAGCGAUGCUUCUGUACAGCGCUUUGAUAAGAGCUUGGAGGAGUUCUAUGCCCUGUGUGAUCAACUGGAACUGUGCUUGCGGCUGGCUUACGAGUGUCUCUCCCAGAGCAUCGACAGCGCCAAGCACUCCCCUAACCUGGUUCCCACGGCAACCAAGCCAGACACAGUGCAGACGGAGUCCCUGUCCUAUUCGCAGUACCUCAGCAUGAUCAAGUCUCAGAUCUCCUGUGCCAAAGACAUUCACAACGCCCUGCUGGAGUGUUCCAAGAAGAUUGCGGGCAAGGGACAAGCCCAAGGCAUUAUGUAGAGAUACGGACUCUUGAUUGAUUGUUCCACUAUUAUGAUCCAUCAUAAUAAUGAUUGAGGUUAAUUUGUUUUUUUUCUUGCUUUGUAUUGGAGGAGGAUGUAAAUAUGGUGUAAUUAUACAAUAUGACCACUAGGUGGCAAAAGUGGUGUAGCACACCUAAUGCUUUCAGAUAAAAAAACGAAACAAAAAACCUUUGUGCUAAAACUUGCAAUUUUUGUUAAUAAAACGUUUCUUAUCGAAUGUA